AUGAGCAGACGGGUGAGAUGCGCCUGGCGAAGCGUGCUGCUGCUGUGGCUGCUGGGCUUCGGUCAGGACACUCCCGACUCCUUUCAGCUGCCCAGCACUAGAGCUGCGCAACUGCCACCCAGACACAGGAGCGAGCCGGCGCGUCCCAAGUCAGCUCGCUCGGCAGCCGCUCCCUCGGGCUUUGUGACCUUGGACAAGGAUCACCUGCUGCUGCCGGACGAGGAGAUCUUCCGAGGCGUGUGGUCUGAGGCCCUGGUCGCCAAGUCCCUGCAGCGCGCGGGGGCUUCGCAGCUCACCUGGUCCAACCACCGCUUGAGCUUCGCCAUGGAGAUGAACAUCCCCUGGCAACAGGUUGACACUGUGGAGCGCUGGCGGAAAGGCGAGGGAAGAGGAGCUGGCGGUAAGGACUUCAUGGUGAACAGCACCGUGCUGACGGCGCGAAAGAAGAACUCUUGGCACCUCGGAUGGCAGAACCCGUAG